AUGUCCUCCUCGUCCAGUGAGGCGGCGGGCAGUGCUGCCGGAGGAGGACGAAGCUUUGGUGCUGGGGAGGACUCGCCGCAUGGGAGGUGCAAGAAGGAGGAAGGGGAUGGGGAGAAGAGCAAGGCGCUCGACAAGGGGGAGGAAGACGUUGACAAGGGCAAGAAAGAGUGA